CCGAACCACCAAUAGCAAAACCUCAUUCUCUUCAAACUCUCCCCUUUCUCUCUCGCUAUACCGGUCUUCCUUUCAAAUCAAGGGAAGAGAACGUUGACCCUGAGAGAGAUCCAGGCCUCCCCUUCCCGCCCCCCCGCCCCUAUCCAACACAACUGGUUUGCUGUUCAAUACAACCCAAUCUAUUCCAUCCAUCCUGUAAGUCUUUCCAUCUCAUACAUUUUCUUCAGUUUGUGUUGUGCUUGCAUAUACAAUGGAUAGCACUUACACAACCAUAUCAAAUAACUCAUACGUAGAUUUACAAAUACGCGAUGAUCCUCAAAACCCAUUACCCCAAAGAAAAACCCACAUCAAAUUGCACCCUCUUCAUGAAGUUGAGAAUUUUAUUGGCAAUGGUCAAAGUCUUGACGACGACGAUCAAGAUGAUUUUGACAUUGAUGAUUAUCCACUCGUUUCGAAAAAGAAAACAAGUAAAGACUCUGGUAUUUACGGUGCCGUUUUUAAUCUCACUACUUCGAUUAUUGGGGCUGGGAUUAUGGCCUUACCUGCUACAAUGAAGGUUCUUGGAUUGGUUUUGGGAUUUGUUUUGAUAAUAAUCAUGGGUAUUUUGUCUGAAAUUAGUGUUGAAUUGUUAGUUAGGUUUUCAGUUCGGUUUAAGGCUUCUUCUUAUGGUGAAGUUGUUCGGUUUGCCUUGGGGAAACCUGCUAAGGUUUUGUCUGAAAUUUGCAUCAUUGUGAACAAUGCUGGUGUUUUGGUUGUGUAUUUGAUAAUUAUAGGUGAUGUCAUGUCAGGAUCGCUCCAUCAUGUCGGGGUUUUCGACCAGUGGUUAGGAAAUGGGUUUUGGGAUCAUAGGAAGUUGGUGAUUUUGGUUGUUGUGGUGGUUUUUUUAGCACCCCUUUGUGCAUUGGAUAAGAUUGAUUCUUUGAGCUUGACUUCGGCUGCUUCUGUGGCUCUGGCUGUGGUUUUUGUUGUCGUAUGUUUUAUUGUUGCUUUUGUUAAGCUCAUUGAAGGGAAAAUCGAGGCCCCUAGAAUGACACCUGAUUUCGGUUCGAAGCAGGCUAUUUUGGAUUUGCUUGUGGUGAUUCCGAUCAUGACAAACGCUUAUGUUUGCCACUUCAAUGUUCAGCCUAUAUACAAUGAGCUUGAAGGACGAUCGCCUCAGAAAAUGAACAGGGUGGGCAGGAUCACCACUGUUCUUUGCGUUGUGGUUUAUGCUUCAACUGCGAUAUCAGGUUAUUUACUUUUUGGCAAGGAUACUGAAUCUGAUGUGUUGACCAAUUUUGACAAGGACCUUGGAAUUCGUUUUAGCUCCGCCUUGAAUUAUAUUGUUAGGAUUGGCUACAUUCUUCAUUUGGUUCUUGUUUUUCCUGUUGUUCAUUUCUCUUUAAGACAAACAGUGGAUGUCUUGGUGUUUGAGGGAUCAGCUCCGCUUUCAGAGAGUAGGAAGAGAUCUUUGGCCUUAACAGCUGUUCUAUUGGCACUGAUUUAUUUUGGGUCUACUAUGAUUCCAAAUAUUUGGACUGCUUUCAAAUUUACAGGGGCGACAACGGCAGUUUCAUUAGGUUUUAUAUUCCCAUCUCUUGUUGCAUUGAGGUUAAGUCACAGUGGGGAGGAUUUAAACGUUGGAGAGAAGUUUUUGUCAUGGCUGAUGUUAAUAUUGGCUAUAAUAGUUAGUAUUGUUGGAGUGAUUGGCAAUAUUUAUAGCCUCAAAAGCGAUUCUGAAUGAUUCUUAGUACUUUUCAGAUUUGCUUUUGUUUAACUGUAAAACAUUCUCAAUUUUGAAAAAAUAAUGGGGGUGCCAAUUUCUCUAUUCUCA